AUGCCGAGACUGUUGUGCAAAAGUGGCUCAGCAUCUGCUGAUGUCGUUGAUCAGCUUAAAGUUUUAGAGUUCCCAUCUGCCCCUCUCCAACUUCACUCGGUUGCCACCACCGUAUCCCGGACAGCUAUUGCUACCCACCGACCUUCCAUCUACAAACAGUAUAAAUCCAACAAUCUUAUUUACGGCAAAUCACCUCGCAAAAGACGUCAUACCGUCGACGGGGGAGAUCAAGCUGAUGCCGAUUUGACAUUGCAUAGACGACUGUCCACCGAUGUCAAGCCGACCGCCGCGGAACAGUCCCCCCAACGUUACGUUCUCGUCACUGGAGGAGCUGGCUAUAUUGGUAGUCAUACCGUAUUGGAGUUACUCAAAGUCCCUCACUACUCCAUCGUCGUCAUGGACAAUCUGGUCAAUUCUAAUUUGGAGGCGUUACGUCGUGUCGAACAAUUAGCAGGACGAUCGAUUCAUUUUGUCAAGGGCGAUGUUACGAGUGAAGUGGAUCUCAGUCACGUCUUCUCUCUUUACAAUUUCUGGUCGGUGAUUCACUUUGCUGCUAUUAAGGCGGUGGGCGAGUCGACCCGUAUUCCUCUCGAAUAUUACCACAACAACUUGACGGGAUCAUUGAAUCUUUUACGAGUGAUGAAGCAGUUCAACGUGAAAAAUCUCGUCUUCUCUUCCAGUGCUACGGUGUACGGAGAACCAGAGAUGAUGCCUGUUCGAGAAUCAGCACAGUUGGGCCCCGUUACCAAUCCCUACGGUCGGACAAAGUUGUUUGUCGAAGAAAUUUUGCGGGACGUUUGUGCUUCCGACCCUGAGUGGAACGUGUGUUUAUUGCGCUAUUUUAACCCGGUGGGAGCCCAUCCCUCUGGACUGAUCGGCGAAUGUCCUCAAGGUGUACCCAACAACUUGUUACCCUACGUUAUUCGAGUAUUGCAAGGCCAUUUACCUUUUGUACACGUGUAUGGCGACGAUUACGAGACAGUGGAUGGUACUGGGGUACGAGAUUACAUCCAUGUAUGUGAUUUGGCGACUGGUCAUUCCGCCGCGUUAAAAAAGCUGGAAGAAAAACCGGGCUGUGUUGCCUACAAUCUCGGGACAGGUGCAGGGUUCUCUGUCCUGGAAAUCAUUCACGCGAUGGAACGAGCAACCCACCGAAAAAUUCCAUACAAGGUAAAAAGAAAAAAGUUUCCCAGCCCUGCUUUCUGUACACUUUACCCUUGUACGCUGUCAGCGCAUAUGCGGCAGGUUUGGGUUAUCGUUUUUAUUUUUACUCAUGCAUUUCUUUGUUUAGAUCGUGGAUCGUCGUCCUGGAGAUGUGGGUACGUGUACGGCCGAUGCUAG